GGGGCGGUCCUAGAUCUCCGGGACCACCUGACGCCCACCCGCUCCCGCCCCGGGACCGGAGACAUAAAUGCCGACUGUGCCUAGAGGUUGCCAGCUGCCAAGUUUUCUGUGCUUGCUGCCUCUGCGGUCCAGAAAGCCCGGGCACUCUCUGGCGCUGAGACUUUUGAUCAGCGCCUUCCAACCUCCUCCCGAGCUCUUCCCGGCUGGGCCUGUGGCUUCGAAGUUUUUUGUUUUGUUUUGUUUUGUUUUUCAUCUUUUCACAACCCACAAAAAACCCACUAGCUGCUGAGGCUCCAACGAGAUCAAGAUGUGGACCGUGCCAGUGUUGUUCUGGGUUUUGGGGAGCGUUUGGUUCUGGGACUCUGCGCAGGGAGGGACCAUAGGCGUGAAUGAAGAUGAUAUUGUGACCCCAGGUACAGGAGAUGGCAUGGUGCCCCCAGGUAUAGAAGACAAAAUAACAACCACAGGUGCUACUGGAGGGCUGAAUGAAUCUACUGGCAAGGCACCUCUGGUACCAACACAGAGAGAGAGUGGGACGAAGCCUCCCUUAGAGGAACUGUCCACCUCAGGAACCUCAGACCAUGAUCACAAAGAACACGAGAGUACAACCACUGUCAAAGUGGUAACUAGCCACUCUGUGGACAAGAAAACAAGUCACCCCAAUAGAGAUAAUGCAGGUGAUGAAACGCAGACAACAGAUAAGAAAGAUGGCUUGCCAGUAGUCACCCUGGUUGGAAUCAUAGUUGGCGUCUUGUUAGCCCUUGCCAUCGUCGGAGGGAUCUUCUUUGUGGUUAUGAGGAAGAUUUCUGGAAGGUUCUCGCCCUAAAGAGCUAAACAGAACAGGUUGUUCUCCCAACACAUCUGAAAAUAAGAGAGCUUCCAACUUGCCCUGUUCCCCAUCCUCUUCCUGUGGAGGAAGAUGACCCAUGGCAUGCCCACCCACCCCACUCACAGCCAUGGUGACCCCUCCACUUGGCCAGCAGUACCAAAGGAAAGAUACGGGACAAGCCACGGCCCCUUGAAGCAUCUGCCUUUGGAAAACAAAAUUUUUAAUAUAAAUGUUAUGACCGAUGAUUCAAAAGACAACAUGCUUAAAAAAUGGAGCAAAGCCGAGACAGUAUCGCCAGCUUUAGCAACUGUAACCAUGGGUUCACCCUGGCCAGUCUCUGUUACUGUUAAGAGGCAUAGAGUGUGGAAAUGUUACAUCACAGAGGCAUGGGUCCUUUUGCAGUUGCCAACUUAGAACUGCAGUUGAUACAUACACAUUCCAGCCCAGUCCGAAGCAUCCACUGUACCUUCAGUUCCGGGAAGACACUGCUUUUUUUUUUUUUUUUUUUUUUUUUUUACAAGUCUCCAAACCAUCUCUAAGCCUCCGAUGAGUUGAGGAGCCACGUCCUCAUCUCCCUAGGACUCAAGCCCUCUACUCAGAUCAGCUGCACCUUUCUGGAUAAUAGAGAUCUCAUCCUAGAUGCUGAGAACACUGUUGGAUGUCACAAGAGGCUAAAAGGCUCAGCCGCUGUAGAACCAAGAACAUUUCAGUAGAAGUGACUCCUGUGUUUGCUUUAGUAUAGGAAGUAAGACCGACCAGUUUCUAACACCUGCCUUCUGCUUCUUAGGACAGACAGGGAAAGCAAAAAUAAUUUUGUAUAAUCUUAACUGCUUUUAUGGGGUGGAUGUAAAGGUUUGUGGUUAAUAGAAGAUAUUUCCAGUCUUCGUGACACGGGGACUCAGUGUUGCUGGGACAGAGCUGUAGUGUCUUGGUCGUCUGUGUUGGCACGCAAUGCAGUGCAGACAUCUUUUCAAAUAAAACCUGAUUGUGUCCAAGAA